AUGGGUCUACACGUUUGUCACGAUAUUUUCGAUAGCCAGGCUCGCAAGCAGUACUUGGAUAAGGCACCCGACGCAAAUCCCUUUGGGAACGAUGACGCGCCUGCGAGAUUUCAAGACUUCGAUGUACCCACAAAGCAGUUGACUCAGUGGGUCAUGAUAUUCCCCGAGCGCAUUCGAGAGAGAAUGGACGAGCAGCGUGACAUCGACCAAACAACUUGGCGCAUUGAACCUUACGGUUGGGACAGUGAAGAUCGUACCUAUUUCGUGCUCGACGAUAAUCGGGUCUACCGCUUGACAGAGCCGCCGCCAGCUCCUCCGUCCACUUCAAUAAAGAGAUCAAAGAAGGCCUUCCGAAGCGGUCGUCGAUCGAACAAGAGACGAAGAACACAAACAAAUGCAGAACUGGACGCCGAACUGGAUGAGAUGAGCGAACAAGAGCAACCACAGAAGGAUCACGAUUCCGCCAAAGCUCCUGAAGAUGGGCUGGGGGGUAUGGUUUGGGAAUGUCUUGCUGUGACCUUAGAGGAAGCCCGGCUGUUGAUCGAAGGGUUUCGGAAAAGUCGGGACGAGAACGAGAAGAUUCUACGCAAACAGCUCGAACAACACCUUCUGCCGAUUCUAGAAAAACAAGAGGAGAGCAGACAGCGCAGGAUUGCUCAGAGAGAGCGCGAGCUGCUUACCAUGGCGAAAUUGGCCAAUGCAAAGCGGUCCAGCCGUCUGGCCAGCAAACUUGAACAGCAGAAGCACGAGGAGAAGGUCAGGGAAGAACAGCAGCAGCAGCAGAAAGCCGCCUUGACGAGAUUACACGAGGAGGAAGCUCGCCUCAAGCGCGAGACUGAGAGAGACUUCAGGAUGGCCUCCCGUGGCCAGAGGUUAAGAGAAAGAGAAGCACGACGAAUACAGCAUGUGGAGGAGCUCGCCAACCUCUCUGAAGACAGCAAAUGCCAGGAAAAUGGGCAAAGUAGAUUGUCUGAACGACGCAGGCAAGCCGAGAUUGAGAGGGCCCAGCAAGCCUUGAAGGAUCUGGACGAUGAAGACGACGAAUGGACAUUCGACUGUGUGUGUGGGCUCUAUGGUAAGGUGGACGACGGCACGCACAGCGUGGCCUGCGAGAGCUGCAAUGUCUGGCAGCACAGCAGAUGCCUCGGCCUCAGCGAGGACGAAGUGGAAUCUCCCGAGUCCCAUUUCGUAUGCGCUGCUUGCAAGCGACGUCAGGUUGAAGCCAGCAAUGCCACGCCACAUACAACCAUCAAGCUCAAGGUCAAACGUGAUCAGAAUACAAGCAAUACGCAACUACAUAUGGUCGACGACCUACGAAACAACGAUACGGGGGAUUCGACCCAGUCUCAUGCCAUGUAUGACGCAAACUGA